CACUUAAACCAAUAGAUUCAAAUAAUUGUAUAUCAUCUUUUACAUCCAUGAUCAUAUAUUUUUCUUUUUUUUAAUAUGUAAUUAGACAAUUUGUUUUAACCGGAAAGGUAGUUCUUAUGUACAAAAGUAAAUAAAUUUGUUAAUAAAAAAUUAAUGUGAUGAAAAAUGUAUAAAAAUAAUGAUGAUGAUGAUGAUUUACAAUUAUGUCCUACAACUCUUGCUGCUUUAAAUGAGUUUCUUAAAGAAAAACAAGAAAGAGAAAAUCAGUUAAAAUGUAGUUUAGAAAAUAAAGAUUUAGAAAUUUCUUUCGAUGAAAAUUGGCAAUUAAGUCAAUUUUGGUAUGAUGACAAGACAAUAGAUACUCUUGUAAAAGGUGCUAUACAAAGUACAGAAUCUAAUGGAAAAAUUGCUUUAAUUUCAUGUCCUACACUUUAUAACAAAUUAAAAAAGAAUUGUGAUGAACGACAAAUUACUCUUUUUGAAUAUGAUGAACGUUUUAAAAUAUAUGGAGUUGACUUUGUUCCAUAUAACUAUAAGUUCCCUUUGGAUAUACCUCAGCAUAUGUCAAAUUUUUAUGAUUUAGUUAUAGCCGACCCACCAUUUCUUUCUGAUGAAUGUUUAACAAAAACAGCUCUUACAAUAAAAUUUUUAGCUAAAAAAAAUUAUGUACUUUGUACAGGUAUUUUUGAUAAUUUUUUUUAUAUAUUAAUUAAAGUUUUUAAUUAUUUUUAUUUUUCAGGUUCUAUUAUGAGUGAAUUAGCAAAAAGAUUGUUAAAUGUAGAAGUUUGUUGUUUUGUGCCUCAUCAUCAAAAUAAUCUUGCAAAUGAAUUUUACUGUUAUUCAAAUUUCGAUUUUGAUAAAAUGUUACAAUAAAAAAUAAUAAAAAUAUUAUGUAUAAAA